AGGUGGAGUAUGUGGCAUUGCAGCGUCAGUGUAGUAAAGUCUGCUGAGGAGCUGGAGAGUUGUCUGGAUACACAGUGAACACUUGAGCUGGAGCCGAGUCAUUUUAGCAUCUAGACCUAUACCUGCUUUUUAAGAACCAAGCACAAUGCCAAACUGGGGAGGAGGCAACAAGUGUGGAGCAUGCCGUGGGACAGUGUACCACGCUGAGGAAGUGCAGUGUGACGGGAAGAGUUUCCACAAAUGCUGUUUUCUCUGCAUGGUCUGCAGGAAAGGCUUAGACAGCACCACACUGGCUAUCCAUGACCAGGAGAUCUACUGCAAGUCAUGCUACGGGAAGAAGUACGGCCCUAAAGGCUACGGCUACGGUCAGGGGGCAGGGACGCUCAACAUGGACCGAGGAGAGCGGCUGGGAAUCAAACACGAAGAGACACAGACUCACAGACCAACCACCAACCCCAACCCAUCCAAAUUUGCCCAGAAGUUUGGAGGUUCAGACAAAUGUGGCCGGUGUGGAGACUCUGUCUAUGCAGCGGAGAAGAUCAUGGGGGCAGGCAAGCCGUGGCAUAAGAACUGCUUCCGCUGUGCAAAAUGUGGCAAGAGCCUGGAGUCGACCACGCAGACUGAGAAAGAUGGAGAAAUCUACUGCAAAGCGUGUUACGCUAAGAACUUUGGGCCCAAAGGUUUCGGUUACGGCCAAGGAGCCGGCGCUCUGGUUCACGCUCAGUGAUGGCUCGACUGGAUCCAUCGCACCUUUUUCUAUAUUCCUCUGUCCAACAUCAACCAGCCCUUCUCUUGUGUUUUCUCCCUCGUGUGCUUUUCAUGCUGAAGUAGGUGCUCUCGAUUCAAAUAAAAGGACCAUUAACGACA